AAUCUUAACACUCGAGGUUUUUUUGAAUCGGUAGUCUCUUCUGGAUCUUCCAGUCUUCCCUCGCUCUCUUCUUCUUCUUCAUUCAACAAGAGGAUCGCCGGAGAGCGCGGCACACCCCGCCGUCCAGAUCGCCGGCGACCCCGUAGGCCGACGAGCGAUUCUCCGGUCUCCGGCGAGGACAAGGCGUCGAUCGGCGGCGAUGGACCAGGAAGCCGCCCGGACCGCCCGGGAGUCCCUGGAUCUCGCGUUCCACAUGUCGAACAUCCUCGACACCGGCCUCGACCGCCACACCCUCUCCGUCCUCAUCGCCCUCUGCGACCUGGGCGUGAACCCCGAGGCGCUCGCGGCGGUCGUCAGGGAGCUCCACCGGGAGCCUUCUGCCGCGGCCGUCCCGAUGCCGGGCCCGUAUGAGACUCAAAAGCAGUGACAAAAUGCAUGUCUUGCAUUGCAGUGACAGUGCGACUGAAGGUUGGGUAAGCCAGUGCUCUUUCUUUCAAGGGCAAAUUGGUUGUUCCUGGACAAAUCCUAGCUUCCUAUAUGCAAAUAAAGAUUUCUGCUCCUCUGUUUCUCUGUUUGAAGAGAUUGUCCAUCUUGAAGAUGUUGCUUAGUGGGUUGUUGGAUGCGUGGCUGGUUUUUCAAUCUGCAGAAGUUUGUACUUGUCUACUUGGAAUCUACAGCAAAUUCAACGUGACUAGGAGUGAAUAUGCUUAUGUCUACCUAAAUUAGUGUAGCUGAACAUGUUUGUAGAGAUUUUAGAUGUGGAAUUUUAAGAGUUCUGUGUUAAAUUGAUGAUGUUUGGGUUGUUUCUUCCACAGUGCUGUAAACACUGAAUCUUGAUAAGGUUAAUUCUUUGUUGGAAAGGAAACAAUAUGAAUUGAAAUGACAUUAGGCACAUCAGCUGUUUGGCA